GUUCAUGCCAACAUCAAACAGGUCACCAACAAAUCCCUCGAGGGCUUCGAUGGCACCAGCGACCUGGCGGACGUGCUUGCUCUUGCUCUUUUUCACAUCGGAAUGACCGUUCUUGUGCCCGCUAUGAUGCGGCUGGUGCGCAGUGGGCGUAGGAAGAACUACUGGACCAUGUCCCAUGUGAUCGCCAAAGGGGAAGCCGUAGCAUCCAACACAGUCUUCGCCAAUCUGACGAACCCUUCUUGCCCUUUCCGUCGCCCUUGCUAUGCUUCUUGCCGUGCUUUUUCUUACCAUGACUCUUCUUGUCGCCCUUUCCCGUGCUUCUUGUGUGAGGUGGCUGAUGAAAUGGGAUCUUCAGUAGCGUCUUCAGGCGAGUUCUCAACAGAGUCGUUGUCAAGGAUAUCAGAGGCCAUAUCCGACCUCGCCAAGAAUAUCAGAGGAGGAUUCAGUAUCAACAGGGAUAUCUGCGUCUUCGCUGGCACCUUCAGUCUCGUCGUCGGCAAGCUGACGGACUUUCUUGUCCUUUCCCUUCUUGCUAUGGCCCUUGUCGUGUUUCUUGCCAUGCUUUUUGUCGCUCUUGCCAUGCUUUUUACCGCUCUUGCCAUGUUUCUUUUGCGAGGUGGCCGAGGACGCAGUAUCCUCAGCCUGAGCCAUCGAGAGGAUCAUCAUUAGGACUGCUAUCGUCAGUGGAUGCCAUAUCAUCGUUUCCGAUGUUAUCAGGAAGAGGAUCGGCGUCUUGGGUAUCUUCAGAGGCAUCGACGCUCAUAUCAUCUUCAGCCAAUGUC